AUGAAAAAAAGAGCCUUGGGUGAUAUUGAGUCCCGCCGCAUCUCUCUUGCUGAGCUGAGUGGACAGCUGUCGGGUUUUAUUGGCGAUGGAGAUGAAGUUAAAGAUGCAAUUUUGAAGGGUUUGCACAGUAAUGUAAAUCAGCUUAUUAGGCUUUUACAAGCAUCUUGCGGAGAUGGGAAGUGUAAUUGUAAUAUUAAUAAUUUCAGUGAUGAUCAUCUUAAAAAUCUUCAAGAGAAAUUUACGAAAUAUGAUAAAAUUGCAACAAAAAUUGACAGCCUUAAAAAGCAGAAAGAUGAAAAAAGUAAGGCGCCUCAAGGGGCGCCGCCCGUCAGUGAUGCUGAGAUUGACAGCCUUACAAGGGAAAUUAAGAACCUUAUAGAAGAAAUUUUCUCACAAAGUUCUCUGCUUACAACGCAAAUUACAACUGUAAUUGAAGCUGUUCAAAGGAAAAUUACUGCACUUGACUCUAAGAAAAAUGAAGUUGAUAAGCUUCAGUCUCAAGUGAAUGAGCUUAAAAAGAAAAUUGAUGCUAAGAAAAAUAAUGAUGAUCAACUUAAAAACCUUAAAAAUGAACUUGAAGCACGUAAAAAGGCUCUUAAAAUUGCACAAGAUUUAUUCCCUGAAAAAGAGUCUAAAUCCCUUGACUCUCAUCAGAAGUCUAUGAGUUCUCUCAAAAGUCUAGAUAAGCUUUGUCAACAUUGUGAUGAAGUUAGUAAAAUUAAUAAAAAUCAUGAUGGAAAUUGUGCAGAAAUUCUUAAAAAUCUUACUGAAGGCCUCGAAAAAUUUCUCGGCUACGAGAAAGGGAAUUACACCGGUGAAGGCAUCGUGUACUCGGACCUUGACAGGCUCUGCGACGGGGUGAUGUCUUUCCUUCAUGGAGUUCUUAGUGGAGUGCAGGAUGAUGAUAACGUUACAACGUAUGAUACUGAUACACUAAAAAAUGUUAUUGACACUUUACAUAAUAGUGUAGGUAAAGGCCGUCAGGCCUUCGGGAACGCCGUGUCUCAGGUGGAGGGGAAGACUAAUAAAGUGACUGAAGGAUUAUCUUCACUUAUAGGUGUGAAUUACUACAAUCAAGUCAACGAGCAAGAAGGGAAGACGCUGAUCGAGCAGUGGAAGACUUGGAAGAGCACACUAACUAGCAUUACUAGAGAACUUAGUAACAUUAAGAACACGCCACUUAAUGAAUUAGAUAGCACAUUAAAAACACGUGUAUUGCAUGAGAUGAAGCCGAUCACAACGGCAGUAACAAUGCUACUUGACUCAGCAGGGAAUGAGACCCUACGGGAUCAGGUCAGUGUUGUCGACAGAACGCUGGCAGAGGAGUAUACUAAUAUACAUAAUGCAAUGGAGGCUCUGAAAGAUGAGCAAAUGGGACGCAUUAAGGCUAUCAGACAGUCUUUGACGGAUGCUCAAAAAUUGGUUGCUAAUCAAUUGGGUAAUGAUAUUGACAGUUUCAGAAAUAAAGUUCUUCAGAAGUUUAAUGAGAUACAAACUGAAGUUAGUAAAGUUUAUGGGACUCUGGAGCAGAAGAAAAUUGCGCUUGAGUUGUUGCUUAAGGAAGCGGAGACGCACUUUAGUGAAAUAUCCACCGGAGUUGGAAAGGAAGGCAAUAGGUCUGCCAGUAUAUAUCACAAUUGGGGAGAUCUUAAGCAACAAAUUGAGGAUACGGUCAGUAACGUCGCGAAAAAUGCGGGCUCGUAUGGUUCACUUGUUGCUAUUGUUACCGGUAUACAGGAGUAUGCUGAGAAAUUUAGGGACGAUAAUUCAGGAAGGCAGAAUUUUGAUACGAUAGUAGGUACUUGGAUUAAAAGCAUUUUGGAAAGUGAGGCGGUGAAGGGAGCACUUGCCUGGUGGGUUAAGUAUUACAAAGAUAAGUUCACUGGUACAAAGCUGAGCGGAAUUACGGAGAGAACUAUUAAGAAUGGGAGUGACACAAAAUUGCGUGAUGCAAUUACGAGCGCAAUAAAGAAAGCGCUUGAACAAGAAAUCGCCAAAGCCGGUGCCUUGGUUGCAAAAAGUAUCAAGGAAACCGAAGAUACUGUAAAUGCCAACAAAAAGAUCGAUGUAUAUGUUAGCGCUGUUAAGAAAUGUUGCAAGCAAUUCGCUACAGAGAUUGGGGGAAAGUUACAGGAGGGAAGCUUUUCUUCGCUGUUCGGAAAGAUUUCCGAAUCAAUUAGUAAUAAUUCGGAUUUAUCAAAGUCCGAGUCCGGCCUCCCUUCGAACGCCACAGACGAUCUCCGAUCUGCCAUCCUCUCUAUCUUAUCCGCACUCUCAAAUAUCGCAAUGCGCACUUCCGCACAACUUGGCAACUUCGCGAAUACGGCUAAAAUGGAAAACGUGGAGAAGGCUAUAGAGACGAUUAAGAAUAUUGGCGAGCAAUUUGGAAAUAAUGGCACUGGCGGUACGAUUGAUAGAUUUUUGCAGAAAGUUAUCCCACAAAUUAAGGCGCUUGGUACUCUUUUGGAGAACUCUAAAUCUAAGCUUCCCGAGGAAGUUGAAAAACUUAAAGAAAUACUUGAUAAGCUUAACAACAUGUCUAAAGAUAUUGAUGAUGGUAAAAUUAAGACAAAGAGAGAAGACGCUGGUGCUCUUGUGUUAAAACUACAAAAUGAACUUAACGGACAACUCGAAACCAUACGACAAGACCUCGAUCACGCCGAUGCAUUCUUACAAACUACAAUAAAUGCGCUGGAAAAAGCAAUCUCAGAUGCCUUCAAAAAACUUUACAAAGAGGUGCGAAAAAUAUUCUGUAAACAAAAACUGGCAGACUUAGAGGCUUUUAAAUGUUUGGUUGAGAAGCAAAAAUCCGAGAUCGAAAACACUAUCACCCUGGACAGCAUGUCCGGCGUGAAGGGAUUAAUGAACCUCAUGGAAACUCAGAAUGAUAAGAUUUUUGAUAUUCUCAUCGAUGACAAAUUUAAUAAUGCAACUAAAAAUGUGAAAGAAUAUUUACAUGAAAUCCUUCUCUACACCUCCUCCCAGUCCCGCUCCCGCCAAGUCGACCGCCUCAAACAGCAACUGGACAAGUUACUCAGCCACCUAAAAUUAGAGAAUCCAAAUAAACAAUAUCACUUCGACUACACGUUUACUACUGACCUAGCCGCACUUAACGACGCAAUCACAGCACUAACUCCCAAGCAGUUCAACGGCCACAAACACCCUGAGCUGCUCGACGCGCUGACCGCUGGAGCGAAGCGACUGGCAGGCGAACUGGGCAAACAGUACGUGAACAGGUACAGCGGACUGAAGUGGGCAGACAUUGGCGAGCCUGAUAGAGAAAAGUGCGCUAAGGUGUUGCUCACCUCGCUGUACACUGUAAACACUAAUGUAAAUAAGUUACAUAAAUUUUGCGUUGUAAGAUGUAAAUUCAACAAAAUAAACAAAUCCACAGAACUGGGAAUAUUCCUAUCCGAGCAAGGCUAUGAUGUUUCCAACAAAGACAAACAAAAUGGUGAAUUGCAUGACGGCAUUAGUAUGACGGGCGGCAAAAUUUACAAGAACCUCGAAAGCACAAUCGACGACGCCGACCAAGAUCUUCAUCUGCCAUCUUGUCAACCAAAAGCGCAAAACAAAUUUAAUGUUUUAGCCAUACUUGAAUGUCUUGUUACUCAUCUAAAUCAAUACAAUCAGGUCUCUCACAUGUCAACAUUAUCCGCAAAUAGGCAUCCAUGCUCUGUAAAAGAUAUGUUGUCUUGGCUGUCCGGCCUCCCACAUAAUCACAUCUACAACCAACUUAAAGAUCACAUUACAAAUCUGUUUAAAGUACCAGAUAAAAGUGAUCCAUCUAAGAAAAUCCUUCAACCCAUUGAGGCGCAUCCCUCAUCCUUUUCCGAUGACAAAGUACAUCGUGCAAUUAAACGCGUGGCAUCCCGCUGUCAGACUCUCAUCUGCACCAUUGCCGGUCAUGGUGAUGCCCUAACCACUUAUGGCUGUGACUUCGCUAGUAACGCACUUCAAUUACAGUAUCCAUCCAAUCCUGCCGCGUGCUUUGAUACGCUCGUUGACUUGCUUCGCCGACUCUACUCCCCACUUAAAUUCCUACAAAUACAAUGCAAAUACAGUGCCAGAGAUUUCGGCUGGCGUGACUGCCAAUACGGCAACGGCGUCGAGCCAUCAAAUUGGCAAUGUAAGGACCACCCAAGGGGCAAAGCAAAUGAGCAACCAAAUAGUAAACCUGCGUGCCGAUCAGCGUGCCAACCAACCUGUGAACCUACGUGCCAGCCAACCUCUCCAUUAAUGUCUUACUUAAACGACUGCCUGCCGGGCCACUUGCCACAUCAGUUAACUACAGUCGGCUGUAGCUACAAAUGUGUCACCUGUUCAUCUGGUUCACGUAAUAUGCCGUGUCUGAUACCCCUUGGUUUCAGGAUCUUUUCGGGGAGUACCAAAACGGGUAAGGACAUAUGCCUGGUGCUUAAUGAUAUGUGCGGAAGACAUGGAGUGUUCACCAGCCUUUACUCCAUGCUUACGUGCAUUACCGUUCCACCACCUCAGACGUUAUGUGACAUUUUCACGUUCUAUUGCUCACUCACGCAAUCGUGGAAACCGAUGCUGGAUAGCCAAAAUACGGAAGUGUUGCAUCCGAUCCAAAAGGCAAUAUGCAAACAAAUCAUAGACGGUGUUACCUGCAAAUAUAGUGAUGCCGCAAUGCUUCUUAGACCGUGCCGUCUACUGCAUGAAUCUUCGACACCUCACGCUCAUACCAUUGAUGCGGGAGUGGACUUGAAAUAUCUAACUGGCUGCAAUGAAAAUAGUUGCGGCGGUUUUAUGCAGCCGUUAAAUUACGCCGGUUACUCCACCCUGGCCCCGAAGUACGCCGACAAGUACUUGUCGUAUUUGGUAUAUAGUUGCCCUCAGCUUCAAAAGUUCCUUGAGGAAUUUAAGAAAGUGUUUUGCGACAUAUCAUGUUACAACUCUGGUUGUUCGUCCUGUGUCAGCAGCGAUGGCUGCAAAGUAGGCAAGCAUGGCGCUGAAACAUGUGAAUGCAGAUCAAUCAAACAUUGCAAAGGCGUAAUGUCUGCAUUCUAUAAGUGUGGUUUCAUGUAUGCAGACGCCGUUUACAAAGGGACGAAGAAAUGCCACAUCCUUAUUAAGGCAAUUGAGAGUAUAUUGAAAUCAAAGUUAUUAAAGAAUUUCCUCGAGGCAAUUGACGAUUUCAUGUUCUGUGUCAGGAAGAAUUUUAUAUGGACGCUAUUAGCCCUCUGGUCCCUCUCCUUGCUUUACCUGCUGCACAUCGCCGUCGUCCGCCUCGACGUCCUGAGGAUACGCUCCCACCUGAGAUCGCCCUCAAGCCACCGCAUCGCCGCGCAGUCCCUCCUCGCCGCCGCACGCGUCAAGGCACUCGCCAACGUCAAGUACUUCUCACCGUAA